AAUAUUCGAGGGUUCUAAACCAGCUGCCCUCUGCUCUGUCCGUGGCAUGGACAGUAGGCCUAAUACGGCUCUACCAUGAAUCAGUUUCAAAAUCUCCUCAAUGACUGCUUGAUUGACACAAGGCACGUGGAGCAUGCAGCUGUGCUGGUGACAAAAACUGCAUCAAUCUCUGCAGUCACAACGAGAUUUAAUAUUUCUGCACAAAAUGCACAAAUGUUUGCAGACGCUUUCAAACAUUUGAUGUUUACGAGAGAACACGGGUUCUAUUUUCUGGAGAGAUUGUACAGUUGUGUCCGGGCCGACAAGAACUCUAUCUACUCCAAAUGUGAAGGGCAUGGCUUGCUACUGGUGAAGACAUCAUUGUACAUCAUCGUGGCCACAUACAACGACCACAUGCACCCCAGUGUUAGUGUGGAAGCGGUGGAGAAAUUAGCUGAGUACCUGAGAGCCAAGGGGAAAUGAGGACGGUGCAGCUACCCUGCAGAAGUAUUGUAAGAAUGUAACAUGGAGCUUGAAACAAAGUAAAAGUAUUAUUCUUCUGCA